AUGUCCUACCCGCAGUUUGGGUACCCCUACUCCUCGGCACCCCAGUUCCUGAUGACCACCAACUCCCUGAGCACGUGCUGCGAAUCCGGUGGCCGCACGCUGGCCGACUCCAGGCCGGCUGCCUCAGCCCAGGCGCCCGUCUACUGCCCGGUCUACGAGAGCCGGCUGCUGGCCACCGCGCGCCACGAGCUGAACUCAGCGGCGGCGCUUGGUGUCUAUGGGGGCCCCUACGGCGGCUCGCAGGGCUACGGCAGCUACGUGACCUACGGUUCUGAGGCGUCUGCCUUUUACUCGCUGAACAGCUUCGACUCCAAGGACGCACCGGGAUCUGCGCAUGCGGGCCUCGCUCCGGCUGCAGCCACAGCCUACUACCCCUACGAGCCGGCAUUGGGCCAGUACCCCUACGACAGGUACGGGACCAUGGACAGCGGCACGCGGCGGAAGAACGCCACGCGCGAGACCACCAGCACGCUCAAGGCCUGGCUGCAGGAGCACCGCAAGAACCCCUACCCCACCAAGGGCGAGAAGAUCAUGCUGGCCAUCAUCACCAAGAUGACCCUCACGCAGGUCUCCACCUGGUUCGCCAACGCGCGCCGGCGCCUCAAGAAGGAGAACAAGAUGACGUGGCCGCCGAGGAACAAGUGUGCGGAUGAGAAGCGGCCCUACGCGGACGGCGAGGAGGAAGAGGGGGGCGAGGCGGAAGCCAGGGCGCAGCCCGUCAAGAGCACCAAAGGUGCAGAGCCCAUAGGCAAAGAGAAGGAUCUGGAGCUCAGCGACUUGGAGGACUUCGACCCCCUGGAGGGGGAGCCCCCAGAGUGCGAGCUGAAGCCGCCCUUCCAACCCCUGGAUGGAGGCCUGGAUCGAGUCCCCACCGUGCCAGACGGCCCCAGCGCCCCAGGGAAGGAGGCUCCGGGCGCCCUCCGGAUGCCCCUGGCCGCCGGGGGUGGGGCCACUCUGAACCAGGACCUGGAGAGGGCCCAGAGCUGCCUCCGGAGCACGGCGGCUCGGCCGGAGCACCAGGCGGGCGCGGGGCUUGGCCCGCAGGUCUGCGAGCCCAAGCUGGGCUUUGCUCCAGCGGGGUCGUCGGCGGGCCUCGAGGCCAAGCCGCGCAUCUGGUCCCUGGCACACACGGCCACCGCGGCCGCCGCCACCGCCCUCGGCCAGACUGAGUUUCCCUCGUGCAUGCUCAAGCGCCAUGACCCCGCUGGCCCUGCGGCCCCCUCCUCGGCGCCCGCCUCCUCCUCGCCUGCGGCCCCGGCUCCCGCCGGCGCCCUGGACAGGCACCAGGACUCCCCGGUAACCAGUCUCAGAAACUGGGUGGACGGGGUCUUCCACGACCCCAUCCUCAGACACAGCACUUUGAACCAGGCCUGGGCCACCGCCAAGGGCACCCUCCUGGACCCGGGGCCGAUGGGCCGCUCGCUGGGGGGGGGCGCCAACGUGCUGACGACGCCCCUGGCGCGCUCCUUCCCGCCCGCAGCGCCCCAAGACGCCCCCGCCUCCGGCGCAGCCAAGGAGCUGCUGGCCACGCCCAAGGCCGGCGGCAAGCCCUUCUGCGCCUAG